UCUUUACCUAUGCAUAUGUCCUCUCUUCUCCGUAUAUUUUCUUUACAUAUUACUCAAUAUUAAUUUAUCAUUCCUCUCAAUCUGAUCCCCCCUCGUCUCGCUUCACGGCACGAAAACUUGUACCACCACACACUCCCGCCCCAGCUUGGUCAAGUUUAGCAGGCGGGUUCAUGUAGUGGCACUGCCGCCCAGGGACGAUCCCUCACACUUCUCCAAUCACGGAUCAGACUUUGUCUUUGCCAUAUCUUCCCCAGAUGACGCUAUCUUUGUUUCUCACAUUGUUACAGGCCAACUCUCACCUCGAAAUUCCAUAUCUACUGCCCCUCCCUCAACACACCCAUGUUUCCUUCUUCAUCUCGGCCACGGCCAGACAGACAUCAGUAUAUCCCCAUGACAUCUAUGGAACCCAUGGACGAGAGUGUGCUGCCGGGCAAGGCUGGGGAAGUUGACCAGGUGGGGAGAACGUUCACCACGGACGACGCCUUUGAUGCCAACGCCGAUCAAUACCUUGCCCCUGGUAGUACGGAUGCAGCGAUACCAAAAGGAACCAUUGAUCCUGUAUACGAAGCAAAAGCUCGUGUCUUGAAUCAUGCUAUCCAGGAGAUUGGGAUGGGCUGGUACCAGUGGCAGCUCUUCAUCGUGGUGGGGUUCGGAUGGGCAAAUGAUAAUCUAUGGCCUAUUGUCACUUCUCUCAUUUUCACGCCCAUCACCAACGAGUUUCAUCCGUCACGGCCGCCACUACUAUCACUUGCUCAGAAUAUUGGCCUUCUCGCUGGAGCAAUGUUCUGGGGGUUUGGAUGCGACGUAUUUGGUAGACGACACGCCUUCAACUUGACCCUGGGCGUCACCGCUGUCUUUGGCCUCAUCGCAGCCGCAUCUCCCAAUUUCGCAACGAUCGGCACCUUUGCUGCAUUGUGGAGUUUUGGCGUUGGUGGAAAUCUACCAGUCGACUCUGCCGUUUUUCUCGAAUUCCUGCCAGGCUCACAUCAAUAUCUCCUCACGGUGCUUUCUAUCGAUUGGGCAAUUGCUCAAGUCAUUGCCACGCUCAUCGCUUGGCCCCUUCUGGGCAAUCUUACAUGCCAAGAAACUGCUACUACGUGUACUAGAGCCGAAAACAUGGGAUGGAGAUAUUUUGUCAUUGCCAUGGGAGGAAUUUCUCUGAUCGAGUUCUUCGUUCGAGUUGUGUUCUUCACAAUUUUCGAGUCUCCGAAGUACCUCAUGGGAAAAGGUUUGGACGAAGAGGCGGUCAAAGUCGUGCACGAAGUGGCAAGACGAAAUGGCAAGACAUCAAGUCUCACUCUUGCAGACCUUCAGGCGUGUGAGACCGGUGGCUCAACCCAACAAACAUCAGCUAAGGCUGCACUCAAACGAAAACUCUCUGCUCUGAACUUUUCCCACGUUCGAGCUCUCUUCGCCUCCAGGAAACUGGCUUUCUCCACCUCGCUCAUAAUGCUUGUUUGGGCGUUCAUCGGUCUCGGCUAUCCACUCUACAACGCUUUCCUUCCCUACCUCCAAGCCAUUCGGGGUGCCAAGUUCGGCGAUGGCUCGACUUAUCUCACCUACAGAAAUUCUCUCAUCAUCGCUACUCUCGGCAUUCCUGGUGCCUUGCUGGGCGGUGUUCUGGUAGAGAUCCCGAGAUUCGGUCGAAAAGGGACGCUCGCAGUGUCGACUGUCUUGACCGGAGUGUUUCUAUAUUGUUCAACAACGGCUCUGACAUCCGAGGCACUGCUCGGGUGGAAUUGCGCCUUUAACUUCUGCAGCAAUGUGAUGUAUGCUGUUCUAUAUGCUUACACGCCUGAAAUUUUCCCGACGAAAGAUAGAGGGACGGGAAAUGCUUUGACAGCAACAUCAAAUCGAAUAUUUGGGAUCAUGGCCCCAAUUAUUGCCAUGUUUGCGAACUUAGAAACAUCUGCACCUGUCUAUACCAGCGGAGCAUUAUUCAUAGCCGCUGGAUGUCUUGUAGCAUUGCUGCCAUUUGAGCCGCAAGGGAAAGCAAGCUUGUGAAUAUGAAGAGAUGAUUUGAAAACAAUAUCCAUUCUUGUUCGAUGCCUUGUUAUUCAAAUGCAUACAAAAAAUUCUCUCGUGAUAGCUCAUUCUACCGCUGGCCAUUGUCGCUUCCAGCAGUUGCCAGCUUGUACUCUUUUAGAGCGUUGUAGUCCCUUGCAAGGUUGACUCGUAGAA